AAAACAAUAACAGGAGGAAAAAUUCUCGAACUUGCUCAUUAAUUGUGAAAAUUGCUGAAUUUAGCUGCGAUUUUGUUCCGAAAAUCGUGAAAUAAUAUCCAUAUUUGCGUUGAAUAGUGGUAUGAUAAUCUUGUGGAGUUUAAUAUUUAAGGUGAAGAGUGACUAACAUCGCGAGAGUCUAUUUUUUUUAGGAAACGAAAAUUUACCGAGCGCUUGAUCUGGGGGGAGAGAGGUUGAUAAUUACGCAAAUAGAAAAUGUCGUUUCGGCUGCUGACGACUCGAAUUUACAAACAUGGUCGAUUGUUGGUUCAAAGCUACUUUAAGCGAGACAUUCACGUCAACAUUUUGGACAACGGUCGCAACCGGAGCAUUCCCAGCGAACUCAAAGCUGGCGGGGCUCUUAACCGGCAGGAGCUAAAUCGGUUCCACCAGACACAGCAACAUCUCCGCUCCAAUAGUUUCUUGCGUUUUGGUAGCCAUGCACGGCGCUUGUUUGUUGAUAAUGUGCUCAACCGGGUAACCAAUCCGUACUCGGCCGAGCUCCGGCAACAAGCGGCAAAACGACUUAUGUUUGGCGACUCAGCGCCGUUCUUUGCUUUGGUUGGAGUGAGCCUUGCUUCCGGAGAUGGCAUGCUCACCAAAGAUGACGAGUUAGAGGCAGUGUGUUGGGAAAUACGAAAUGCGGUAUCCCGUUUCCAAACCAAAGCUGGAGAGCAAGAAAUCGAAAAACGUUUGGACGAAGAAUUAGGUCUGGACAAUCUGAAUAUAGGACCACCGCUGGCCAAGGGAUGUUCUGCGGUGGUGUACGCCGCUGCUCUGAAAGAAGAAACCGAAUCAAACAGUACGACAACUUUUGGUGAACCUAGCGAACACAUUGACUUGAAUGCUGAAACCGAACAACUUCUGUCUCCGAUGCAGAAUAUGGGUCGAUAUAUGCACGAUUUUGGCGGUAGUGUGGACAAUCUGCAUGGCAGUUUCCGUGAGAGCCCUCAAUUCCAUACGGUUGCUCCUUUGCAAAGGAAUCUACAGGAUAUGGCCAUUGACGGGCUCAAACAAGCAAUGGGGCAAAACGAUCAGAAAUACGAGGAUCAAACAAAUCGAGAAAAGAAACAAGGUCGGGUUCGGUUUGAUAGCGAAAGCUUCGCAAGCCGACGCUCACGACUUCUAUCUGAUGCAGUUGAAGAAUAUUUAUAUGUACAAUCGAACGAAAGUGAUGUCAUUGCAACUCUACAUGAAUACAACAUGGACGCAACCAUGGAGCAGUAUCCGCUAGCGUUGAAAAUGAUGUUUAACUACGACAUUCAAAGCAAUGCUAUGGCCAUUUUAAAAGCUAUGUACAAGGAAACGGUCCCGGCAAAAAGAAGGAAUUCAGUCGAAGCAGAAAAUUGGGAAAAAUCCAUCAUAGAGCAAACGGUGUUCCUUGCUCCUCACCCGAACAUUGUCGAGAUGUACGGAGUGUUUUGCGAUCAAAUUCCGGAUUUGCACAUGUCAUCUUCACUCUACCCGAUGGCAUUACCCCAACGACUGAAUCCCCAUGGCUACGGGCGCAACAUGAGCCUCUUCCUGCUAAUGAAACGCUACAACUGUAGCCUGCAUGAUUAUCUAUCGCAAGAAUCGUCGCUGGAUCUCCGAACCAGAAUUCUACUCUUUGCGCAACUCUUGGAAGCAGUCGCCCAUCUGAACCGCUACGGGGUGGCUCAUCGUGAUUUGAAAAGCGACAACAUUUUAAUUGAAAUCCGACCAAAUAUGCCUCCCAAUUUGGUACUGUCGGAUUUUGGUUGCUGCAUUGCAGAUAAAACACACGGGCUUCAAUUACCCUACUCGUCCGGCGAAAUCGACAAAGGUGGCAAUACGGCACUGAUGGCACCAGAAAUCAUCAAUAAGCAACCUGGCACCUUCUCUGUCCUGAACUACACCAAGUCGGACUUGUGGGCAUGUGGGGCAAUCGCGUACGAAAUCUUCGGUUCUGCAAAUCCUUUUUACGGAGGAAAGAACGAUCCCAGCACGCUGAAAAAUGUAAACUAUAAGGAUAAUCAGCUCCCAUCUAUGAACGACAAUGUACCCCAUGUUGUGCAGAAGCUUGUCGAGAACAUGCUGCAUAGAAAUCCAAACGAGAGGCUUAGUGCUGACGUGGCAGCUAACGUUAUGCAGCUCUUUUUAUGGUCACCGUCAUCCUGGAUGAAGACCGGCUUCAAUCCCUCUGGCAACGAGAUACUGCAAUGGCUGCUGAGCUUGACGACCAAGAUUCUUUGUGAGGGCCGUCUACAACCGGACAAUGAAACCAUGGGCCGUCGAACCUAUACGGAGUAUUUGCUGAUUUCCAGCUUUCUGGCUCGUGCCCGCAUUCGACGAAUCAAACGUGCGCUCGAUUGGAUUCAUACUAUGCAGUAGACAAGAUAUGGAGUUACUUAUAAUAUAGUGUGAUUUGUACAUUAAUACGCUUAUUGAUGGCUUAAAUUAUUUAUUAAACUAAUCAAUCCACUUAUGAAAAGCAAAAGAACUGGACUAGCGGGGCAAAUCCUGAAUGUGUUGAUCAGGAGUAUU